AACACGUCAAUGUUUAUGUACCCUGCUGUCCGUGUAUGUAACCGCACCAAGGACUCUGCUAUGUGAUUUCCUGACAUUGAUUUGUUUUCGUAAUCAUUUAACCUGCUGUUUUAGUACAUUAUGCACCAGCCGUUUGCAUGGGGAACCACUAGCAGGUGAAACACGGAGGAAACAGAGGAAAAAGCCGAAAUGGCAGGCGCCUUUGGCUUCAAAGGCUGCCAGAAAAUUCGAGGUCCGCAGAUUAGAAAUCUGCUCGAGGCGAAGGACUUCAUCCUCCUCGACUGCGACGGGGUCAUAUGGCACGGAGAGAAGGCGAUAACGGGCGCGGCAAAGGUGGUGAAUUCGCUGGUACGGCACGGCAAAAACGUAGUGUUCGUCACCAACAACUGCACCAGGCCCCGGGAGAAUUAUGUGCACAAGUUCUCCCGGCUGGGCUUCACCGACGUGAUGCUGGAGCAGAUCUUCAGCUCGUCGUACUGCUCGGCUCUCUACCUAAGGGACGUCGUUAAGAUCGGCGGCCAGGUGUUCGUCAUGGGCUGCGAAGCACUGCGCAGGGAGCUGCAGGAGGCGGGCAUCCCCUGUGUGGAGGAGGCGGACGAGCCGGACGCCACAAUCUACAACUGCGCUCUGGCUCCGGACGUCAAGGCGGUGCUGGUGGGACAUGAUGAUAAAAUGACUUUUCUCAAACUGGCCAAAGCCUCGUGCUACCUGAGGGACCCGGACUGUCUGUUCCUGGCCACCGACAACGACCCCUGGCACCCUCUGUCAGGUGGAAGGAUACUGCCAGGUUCUGGGUCCCUCACUGCAGCCCUGGAGGUGUCCUCAGGUCGCAAGGCCACUGUGAUCGGGAAGCCUAGCCGCUUCAUGUUCGAGUGCAUCUCCAGUCAGUUCAGGGGGGUGGACCCCGCCCAGUGCCUGAUGAUCGGGGACCGCCUGGAGACAGACAUGCUGUUCGGGUCCAACUGCGGCCUCGACACCAUGCUCACUCUCACCGGUGUGUCUCAGAUCGAGGAGGCCCAGGAGUACAGGAAUAGUGAGCUGUCCACCAACCAAAGCUUGGUGCCCAACUACGUGGUGGACACCAUCGCUGACUUCUUACCUGCUUUUGAGGAACUGGAGGAACUGGAAGAACAGAGCAAUUGACGAGUCCUUUCGCCUCCAGCACGGAGCAUAGAUUUGCUUCUGCUGCAUUUCAAGUGCAAUGUUUAGUCUGCCGUUUGCAAAAAACACGUACCAAUCCACAAUGAUCAACCAUAGGACAGAAUGUUCUCCCCAGUAAUCCAGUGUAUACCUCAGUGUUUCUAGUGUUGUGCCCAUUUGUGACUUGACAGGUCCUUGUUGCCAUAAGUGUUUAUAUUAAUAUAUUAAUAUACUGCACUUUCUUCUUCAUAAAGUUCAUAGGUCGUGUUUGAUAUUGGGUUUUGAACAUCCAGAGGUAUUUUUGUAAAGCCAUGAAUUGUUCUGUAACGGCAUUCAUGUGUUUAGGAGCUGGUUGUUCUUUUUAUUUUUGCCAAAAGGCAGACAUGUGCUUACUAACGCAGAAUUGUUUUCUCGUAUGUGUUUGUCAAGUUUGGGUGUGACUUGUCCUUGAUUAGUUCAUGGUAAUGGGAGAUAAUUAAAAAACUAAAACUGUAAGCUUUUCCCAGCUCUGGUGGAGACUAAGAUAACAAACUGCCAGUCAGACGGGUGAAGAGUAUAUUCACCUUUUGUCAUGUCUGUGCUUCUUGUGCCAAUAGUCAUCAGAGUACUAAACCACUUCCUGAAUCUCAUUCAGAAAACCAGCUACACAUUAAUGGUGGCCGCUCAUCCUGCUCUGUUGUGAAACUUCAAUGUUGUUAAUGUUUACCAUAUAGAGCAUGCCAGCAACGGUAACAAUAAAUGCCUAAAAUGAA